GUUUAUUAGGAACAUUAUUUGAAAACGAGACACAAAAAUUUUAAAAUAGGUAUCCUGAAAUUUUGUACGAAGAGCGCAACGAUUGAAGCGACACCUAGCUGUAACAUUGAGUUAAAAUAAUAACUCCAACACGGAGUACAUAGUUGAUGUAGUUUGUAAAGUCCAGUCUGCAUUGGUACGAAUUGUCCAACGAAUUCUACAGGGUGUCCCAAACCUCAAGUGACAGCGGCUUCUGAUAAUGAGAGAAUUUCGAUACAAAAACUCCAACACUACAAUGUCAAAGCUACUUCAAAAUGAAAAACGUUUAAAGCAGAGACUAGCUAAAGCCCUCUCCAAAUUUACCGUCAAUAUUUUUGUUACGAAAGUUUGAAUCUCGAUUUGUCGGAGCGGCUCGGAAACAACGGAAUGAGUGUCGAUUGUGAUUAAUAAUUAUUAAUAUACACUUUGCUCACUUAUGCACUUUGCAAUGGAAUAUGCAUAAGGACUGUCGUACCUGAGAAGUGUUGCCGCAUGUAGGAAGAUCGCACAUCGGCGGAUGUUAUUAUAUGUAAUUAGACGCAAUUCGAACGGAGGGAAGACGGGAGAAUGUUGUCGACUCCGAAAACAAAAGGCGGCCUAUUCUUGGCUUCAUCCCUCUGUGAUGGACUCGAGGACAAUAACAUAAGGCAAGUGGCAACCCUUCUGCUAAACAAAGACGCGGAUCCUAAUGUUUUAAUUCCGACGCACGGAGUUACUCCAUUUCACUUGGUUAUCGGCAAUGAUUCAGAAGAAUUCGCGGAAGAGGUGACCAAACUGUUCCUACGUCACGGUGGCAAUCCUAACGUGAGAUCGAAUGAUGGAAUGACUCCGGUUCACGUAGCGGCAGCUUGGGGCAGAAUAAACAUAUUGCAGCUGCUUCUGGCUAAUGGCGGUGAUCCGUUAUGCCUAGACAAUGACGGACGUAGUCCAUUUCACUACGCCUUUGAGGGCAAGUAUUUUAAAGCUGUGACAUUGCUCGCAAAUUACUGUGAGAAUACUCCAAAUGAGGAUAAUACACCAAAGUAUAAUAUGAUACUUGAUAAAGUUUUAAUUAUCAAUGGGGACGUGAUUGCAGAGUAUGUUGCGUCGAAAGAUACAAUGUUAAAUGUGGAUGACACGACGGAAAGAAAUACACUUACCGAUUCUUCCAAUUACAAGCCAAACUCUUCCUCGAUGAUCGUACAUUCAGGGCAUAUGUCAGAUGUACAUGCUAUUAUUGAAACCAAGUACAAACUAUCAAAUAAUUUAGACGGAUGUCCUCCAGGAAUUGAUCAUAUGCCGACCGGUCGAGUACAGAGUAAUCUUUUGCGAACCUAUAAGAAUGAAUUGCCGAAUUACUCAUUCGUUGAUCUCGAUUUUGAUUUUGCGAAUUUACAUCUUUCCGAUGUCAUGCAAAAGGAAAAGUGCCUCGUCAGUCAAAUCAUUAAUCAUCUCUCGUCGUCGUUAACAAGUAAUUGCACUAUUAACGAGACGUUACACAAUUACAAACGAAACAAAGAGGAGAGUAGCAUUGCGACAAGUAAUUCUGACACGUCGUUCUGUUUGAUGAGAAAUACAAAUGCACGUCAUAAAUAUAAAUAUCAUAACAAAUCAAGAUAUUCCUCGUGUAAAGUAAAGAACUAUUCCAAUAAAGAGAUCUUAAAGUUUAAAACUCCAAAUAUGAGAAGACAAUACUCAAAGUAUAACACACAAAGCGCCUCCAAGAAAAAUUGUAGAGAUAUCUUUGACAAAAUUUCUUUAACACCAACUCAUAUUCUUGAUAAUUCUAUCAUUAGCAUGUCACCGAACUUCAAUACACCUAGUCAUACAAACAGAAGACAUGCUUCCAAGACUCCAUUGACACCAUCGCAUAUUUGUUGCAAUAAUUCUAUUGUUAGCAAAUCACCUAAUUUUACCCCAGUUUGCAUAAGAAGAAAAAAUCCAACAAAGACAUCACGUGUGGUUGAUUGUUCUCUAAAAAUAUUCAAGAGAUCUCCUAAAUAUAAAAUUCAAACGCAAUGCCCUGAAUUCAAUUGGCACAAAAAACAUGUCGCUCAAUCGACACCAAGAAGAAGGAGAAAACAAUCGAUAUACAAGUUUCACUCCAGCAGAAAAAGAUUUGAUCCUUAUCGGUACGAAAGUGAUAUCACGUCUGACGAAUUUACUUCCAGUAAUAAAUUAAAACCAGUGGAUCUGGAUAAAACAAUCUUUUUCGAAACAGUUGAAGAAACAAAUCGCUAUAAUCUUCUGGACACAAGUAGCGAAUUUUCAUCAUCAAAUUUUAAAAAAUCUUCAAAGAUGAAACGACAAAAUCAAUGUAACAACCAUUUGGCAAUAAAGUUGGAUGGAGGAUAUGAUGAAAAUGAUGUAACAGACAAUAGUAAUGUAAAUCUUUUGGACGUAAAUAUAAGCAGUUUUAAUGGAAUUGAGAAAGAAAAUGAAUUUGUUAAUAAUUUUGGCAUUAAUAAGAAAUAUAUGAAAUCUGAAAAUAACGAAAUAAACACUGAAUUUAUAACGGUCAGAAAAAAUAUAUUUACUGUUGAUAAAGCACUGAAAAAAUCACUAGACAAUAAUAUAAAAUCAACACAUACAACUGAAUCUGAAUCAUUACAAAAGGAAAAUUUUGUAGAUUGUGUUGAUUGUGAUACUAAGAAAUUGUUGAAUGAAGAUUUAAAUAUGAAUAUAAGUAAGACUUGUAAUUUACAUGCAAAAAAUUGGUGCAGCGAUAGAUUUCACGUAUCUCCGUUACAUAAAUCUCUUACAAGUGAUUCACUGUCUGCUGCAAAUUUACGAUGUAAAAAACAAAUUUAUUUAUUGGAUUCUGAAAAAUCAUAUUCCUCAAGAAGUACCGAUUUUAAGAAUGCAGAAAGUUUGCUGAAAACAAAAGACUUAGACAUGUAUAAAGCUGAAAAUAAUUCAUCUUUGCUCUCAUACGUCAGUGCUCAAGAAUAUAAGUACGAAGAUGCAGAAGAAGGUGUAGUUUUAUUAGAACGGCGACUUUGUGUUACACCAUUUAGUACUUCCAGUAGAAGUGAAUGUGAUGUCAGAAGCAAAAUGUCUGGCAUCUCAAGCACAUCUUCUCAAAAUUUACCAGAAAAAAUACUAUUUAUCGAUGAUGUUACUCUUAGACGAGAGCUCAAGCAGCUUGGUGAUCAACCUGGACCAAUCACUAAUACAACUAGACAACUUUAUCAAAAACGUCUUUUGCGUUUAAGAAAUAUCAAGAGUGCUAAUUCUGCCUCAUUCAUGUUAAGUCUGCAGAAUACUUCAAGAAAUCAGAUCUCAGGGUUAAGCAACAAAAUUAAACCUCAUUUAGAGUUUGGAGAUUGGUUAAAUCAUCUGGAUACCUAUAAAAGUCUGGAGAAGCAAGUAUUUCAAGAAUUUGCAUCACCAAAUCCAUCUCGGAGAUGGCGCGAAGGCACAUCAAAAACAUCUUUCACCUAUCUGUUAUUAGAUCCACGUAUAACGCAGGAUCUGCCAAAUCGCAGUGUUCGCCUUACAGAAUCAGAAAUCUGGUCAAUCUUUCUUAACGCUAUAUUUUAUAUUGGUAAGGGCAAACGUUCCAGACCUUUCGCCCAUCUCUACGAUGCUUUCAAGAUAUGGGUGGGCGAUUCAACCAGUACUAAUAAAAAAAUUAAUCGCAUUCUUGAUGUGUGGAACAAUGAUCAUGGGGUGAUCUGUUUGCAUGUCUUUCAAAAUGUUAUUCCAGUAGAAGCUUAUACAAGAGAGGCUGCCAUGAUAGAUGCAAUAGGGAAGGAACAUCUGGGAAACUCCAAAGGUGGGGAAUACUAUGGCAUCACAGCAACAUGGAGCGUGCAACAAAAGCAGAAAUUUGGUAGAUAUCUACUAUAUAAAGCUUUACAAAUUUUUAUGCAAGAGGGAGAGAGUCAGCUUUUCCCUAAUCAUUUGUAAUACAAGCAAAGUAAGAUUAUAAUAUAACUAAUCGGUUUUUGUAUUGUGUCAGAUUUUAUCUAUGUAGAUAUAAAUAUAUUGUACAUUAAUUUUUUGAUGUGUAGAUAAAAUGUAACGAAAGCGUUUCUACCUAAAUUAAUCAAAAGUUUGCAGAAUAUAUAAUUGUGUGCAAUUUGACAAAAUAUAUAUGUAAAAUAUUUUUAUGAGAAAGAAGAAAAUUCUUGUAUCAAAAAAUGGUUAUUGCUCCGAGUUAAAAAAA